AUGCUCAGGUCACUUCUUCUACCCCUUGCUCUAGCCACUGCAGGUGCUGCUCAGUCCUUAGGCUGUGGCAGAGAAAUCCCUUCCAAGUUUCCUUCCCCUGGAAAGAGUGCAACACUGCAUCUUCCAGGAACCGAUCGCGAGUAUCGACUUUACAUUCCACUCACAUACGACAAAAACCAACCCACUCCACUGUAUUUUUCCUUCCAUGGAGCUACUCGGGACAUGAACGAGGAGGAGGAAUUGUCGCAAUUCUCCAACCCUUUUUUUAACAAAGAUGGAAUUGCCGUCUACCCAAACAGCAAGAAUGGUUAUUGGCUUUCCAAUCCCAACGCCAAUACUUCCUUGCCGAACGACCUUGAUUUCACCAAUGACCUCCUAACGCAUAUGGAGAAUUUACUCUGCAUCGACUCAAGCCGAGUCAACUCGGCUGGCAAGUCAAAUGGGGGCGGGUUCACCGCUGUCGUCGCCUGCAAUGCCACGGUUGGCAGUCGGUUCGCUGCAUUCGCAUCCGUCAGCGGCGCCUAUUACGAUACUGACAACAUCCCCGGCGUUGGGCCUUGCAAGCCUGCCAAACGCAAGGAGGGCUACCCUUUUAUCGAGUUUCAUGGCACUGGAGAUACAACAGCGCCCAUUGACGGCAAUACGGAAAGCAACCAAAAGCUACCUGUGAUCGAUUUCCUCAAAGGUUGGGCCGGACGAAAUGGGUGUGGGAAGAAUGCCAAGUGGGCAAGGAAUGAGACUGUUAUGGUGGACCCGCUACUCAGGCAUGCUAGCUGGGACUGUGAUGGUAAGCAUGGUAUUGUUCAGCAUUACCGUGAGAGUGGAAAUGGCCACUGCUGGCCUAGCACGGUGGGUAAUGAUGACUACAAAGAACAUCCUUUACAGUGUCCUGCUGGAAAGUCUGCAUUUAAUGCCACUGAGUAUAUAUUCAAGUUCUUUGGAAAUUAUCGCCUGAGGCUCUAG